AUGGAGGUGGAAACAGCUCCUUCAUAUCGUGAAGAAGAUGUGGUUUCAUUUCAGGAACGACUGACCUCUGAGGAUGUGGCCAUUGAAUUCACUCAGGAGGAGUGGGAAUUCCUGGACCCUGCUCAGAGGGCCUUGUACAGGGACGUGAUGCUGGAGACCUACAGGAACCUGCUGUCUGUGGAUAUCUCACCUACACAUGUGAUCAAGCAUUUACAACCCAAAGCAAACAGUGAUAAACUAGAAACAUUCCAAACAUUGAUGCUGGGAAACCCUGAAAGCUGUGAAAUCAAAUAUUUUCAUCUUUGGGAAAGUCAGGAAAAUAUGUGUGACUUUGAGUGUCAGGGGAGAGAUGACAAAAGAAAUUUCAAAGGGACACCUGUAAGCCUUAAUGGAAAUGUGCCUGAUGGAAGAGAUUCGCAUGAUAGAAAGGAUGCAGGCAUUAAGCCCUUUGCAAACAGGUUUGGAUUUAACUUUCAGGAUAAACUGCAGAUGUUUCAAACUGGUGGAAUAAUUUCUGAAUAUAAUGAAGUUAAGAGUUCUGGCAACAACAGUUUCUCAUUUUCACCACUUCAAAGAAUUCCUCCUUGUGUCCAAACCAGUGUUUCUAGUAUAUCUGGGAAUGAUUUUAUGAAUCCUUCAGUAACAACACAAGAACUCAAAGCACACAGGGAAAAACAUUUCAAAUGUGAUGAGUGUGACAAGGCCUUUCAUGUAGAGUCAAGCCUUUUAAGUCAUUGGACAGUUCAUACUGGAGAGAAACCUUACGAAUGUGAUGAGUGUGGCAAGGCCUUUUGUGUAAAGUCAAGCCUUUUAAGUCAUCAGACAGUUCAUACUGGAGAGAAACCUUACAAAUGCGAUGAGUGUGGCAAGGCCUUUUGUGUAAAGUCAAGCCUUUUAAGUCAUCAGACAAUUCAUACUGGAGAGAAACCUUACAAAUGUGAUGAAUGUGGCAUGGCCUUUCAUGUAAAGUCAACCUUUUUAAGACAUCAGACAUUUCAUACUGGAGAGAUACCUUACAAAUGUGAUAAGUGUGGAAUGGCCUUUCGUGUAAAGUUAACCCUUUUAAGUCAUCAGACAGUUCAUACUGGAGAGAAACCUUUCAAAUGUGAUGAGUGUGGCAAGGCAUUUUGUGUAAAGUCAAGCCUUUUAAGGCAUCAGACAGUUCAUACUGGAGAGAAACCUUACAAAUGUGAUGAGUGUGGCAAGGCCUUUGCUCACAGCACACACCUCAGGAGACAUAAGAAAAGUCAUAUAGGAAAGAAAUUAUUUAAAUGUGAUAUAUGUGACAAAGUCUUCAGCCAAAAUUCAGCCUUUUUAAGUCAUCAGAUGGUUCAUACUGGAGAGAAACCUUACAAAUGUGAUGAUUGUGGCAAGGUCUUUCGUCUAAAGUCAACCCUUUUAAGGCAUCAGACAGUUCAUACUGGAGAGAGACCUUACAAAUGUGAUGAUUGUGGCAAAGUCUUUCGUUUAAAGGCAGCCCUUUUAAGUCAUCAGACAGUUCAUACUGGAGAGAAACCUUACAAAUGUGAUGAGUGUGGCAAGGCCUUUGGUCUAAAGUCAACCCUUUUAAGUCAUCAGGCAGUUCAUACUGGAGAGAAACCUUACAAAUGUGAUGAGUGUGGCAGGGUCUUUGGUCUAAAGUCAACCCUUUUAAGUCAUCAGACAGUUCAUACUGGAGAGAAACCUUACAAAUGUGAUCAGUGUGGCAAGGCCUUUCGUCUAAAGUCAACGCUUUUAAGUCAUCAGACAGUUCAUACUGGAGAGAAACCUUACAAAUGUGAUCAGUGUGGCAAGGUCUUUCGUCUAAAGUCAACACUUUUAAGUCAUCAGACAGUUCAUACUGGAGAGAAACGUUACAAAUGUGAUGAGUGUGGCGAGGCCUUUCGUCUAAAGUCAACCCUUUUAAGUCAUCAGACAGUUCAUACUGGAGAGAAACCUUACAAAUGUGAUGAGUGUGGCCAGGCCUUUCGUCUAAAGUCAACCCUUUUAAGUCAUCAGACAGUUCAUACUGGAGAGAAACCUUACAGAUGUGAUCAGUGUGGCAAGGCCUUUCGUGAAAAGUCAAGCCUUUUAAGGCAUCAGACAGUUCAUACUGGAGAGAAACCUUACAAAUGUGAUGAGUGUGGCAAGGCCUUUCGUCUAAAGUCAACCCUUUUAAGGCAUCAGACAGUUCAUACUGGAGAGAAACGUUACAAAUGUGAUGAGUGUGGCAAGGCCUUUCGUCUAAAGUCAACCCUUUUAAGUCAUCAGACAGUUCAUACUGGAGAGAAACCUUACAAAUGUGAUGAGUGUGGAAAAGUCUUCGGUCAAAAACCACAUCUUCAACUUCACUGGAGAAUUCAUAAUGGAGAGAGACCUUUCAGGUGUAAUGAGUGUGGCAAGUUCUUCAGUCAAAAUUCACACCUUAAAAAGCAUUGGAGAAUACAUAUAGAGAAACCUUUCAAAUGUUUCGAGUGUGGAAAAUCCUUUAUUCAGGUCUCAGCACUCACUAAACAUCAGAAAAUCCAUACAUGAAAGAAACUCAUGUGAAUGUGGUAUAUGGUAGAAGUCUUCAAAUUUCAAAGUUCAAAAUUCACACCCUACAGAUGCUCAGAGAAUUCAUCUUACUGAAAAACCAUACAAAUAUCAUGAGUGUGGCAACAUCUUAGGCUUCAUGAGAAAAUUCAUACUGGAUAGAAGGGAGAUAUAAAUGUAUUUAUUAGUCAGGUCUUUAGAACAUGAAUUCAUUCUAGAAAGAUUCCUAACCAAUUUCACAAAUUAAAAAAAAAAAGAAAGAAAGAAAAGACCUAUCCUCACAUCUCACCACUAGUAUCAGAGUAUUUAUCCUGGAGAAAACACACAGCAAUGUAAUGUGUGUGGCAAGGAUCUUACCCCAAAGUCACAAGAUAGGAACAUAGUGGAGCCAUACUUCCCAGACUCAGUGGUUGUGGCAAAUCCUUUAGCUUUUUCACUAUAUGUAUUCUCUGAUGACUUUAGUUCGGGUACUCUGCAACUGCAAUAAGUCCAUAUUUGAAGAGAAGCUAUAGAGAUCUUUUCGUGUAAAAGAAACCCGAAUUCUACCUCAGCAAAGAUAAUUCUUUUGGACAGUAGUCCGCCAUCUUUUUGGUCUCCUGGCUUUCUGAAUAAAGUCACUAUUCCUUGCCCAACAAGUAGUCUCUCAGUUUAUUGGCAUGUUGUGUGGUGAGCUCUAAGAGCUUGG